AUGAACCACCAUCUGCCUGCGAUGCCGCACGGGCAGCCGCCUAUGCCUCCUUCUAGACGGCAGCAGGAAUAUGGUUACAACACAAUCCCGCCCAACAUGCGCUCCCCCCAAUACAUUGGGUAUCCACCACACAUGAACGGCCAUAUGCCUCAGCCCUACCACCCACCAUAUGGCCAGUGGUACCCGCCUUAUGGACAUACCAUGCAACCUCCUCCGCGGCCGCAGUAUCAACAGCCGCACUAUGGACCUAUGAUCGUCUCUUCCUACCCUCAUGCGCAGCCUGUCAUGGCACCCACUCAUCUUCCGCCCCAUUCAAUGCAUAUGCAACAAAGAACUUCGACACCCCAACCACCGAUCAUGACUCCGCCCGUCAUGAUGCCUUCCAUGUCACCCAUGCAACCAGAAAUGCAGGGACACCCGCCUCCUUUGCCUCACCCGGUUCAGGGAUAUCCCGUCGCUUCACCAUCGCCACGAUGGGAACCCAAAACAAAUGUCCCGCCCAAGCCUGCUUUCACCCCACCUCUUCCAUGGCUCUCUGUCCCAGACCAAUCAUUCCCACCUAGAACCCCACGCAGGCGUCGCAAGGCCCGCGUGAUGCAAUGCUCUGUUGAGUUGCCAGCUAAAGAUGCCAACAUCAUUGCGGAGACUCAUGACGAGGAGACGAAUGUCGCCAAUGUGUCCACCCAAGAGGCCUCAGAACCUCAGACCCCGACCACUACAUUCCAACCCUCGGAUACUGACUCCACGCAACCCACCACUCCCUCGUCAACCGCAAGGUCCCAGGCACACUCUAAAACCUCUAAGCAGCCCCCUACUCCCGUAGUCCCCGCGGUUCCAAAUGUCCCAGCCACCCCGCGUCGCCAUGCCAGAGACAACAGCAGUGUCGCAUCUGGAACGCCUAAAUCAACAGUCGCUGCCACUGUUGUCCCGGCACCGGAGACCGAUUCUGCGCCUAGCACCGACACCAAGAGCCCUCCUACGUCUGCUGCGCCAAAGUCCUGGGCCGACUUGGUUCGGUCAAAGGCAUCGGCAAAGGCAGCAAGUGCAGCAGCAGCUUCGGCUGAAUCGACCGGGUUGCCAGCCCAGAAGAAUGAAAACCUCGCUGAUGUUUUGGGUGGAUUGGGAGACGAUGUGACACAGUACAGCGACAAAAUCGCAUUCCUGGAACCUCGAGGCCUGGUCAAUACUGGAAACAUGUGUUAUAUGAACUCCGUCCUGCAGAUUCUUGUCUCCUGCAUUCCAUUCUACCAGUUCCUUGACCACCUCGGACGACGUGCCGCGCACAGCUUCCACAGCGAUCUUCCUCUGAUUGACGCCAUGAUCAUGUUCAUGAAAGAAUUCCGCGUCAUCGACGCCGCUACUUCAGAAGACCAAUUGCGCCUCAGGUUGAAGGCCAACGAGCUUGAGCAGUACGGAGAUGCUUUCGCCCCCGAAUUCGUCUACGAAAUGGUCAGACAGUUGCCACGCUUCAGGGAUAUGCGACGCGGCCACCAGCAGGAUGCCCAGGAGUUCUUGGGUUUCCUCCUCGAAGAGAUGCAUGAAGAGUGCGCUCGUGCUGAGAAGCACACUGCCGCAAAGCAGGAGGGAGAAGAUUCUGCCGUUGAUGGUUGGCUGGAAGUCGGUCACAAACAGAAAGCAGCCGUUACCCAACUUUCCGGUUCCAUUUCUAGCGAGUCACCAGUCACGAGAAUUUUCGGCGGCAAACUUCGAUCGGAGUUCAAAGUACCUGGCAACAAGACCUCGGUAACAUUGGAGCCUUAUCAACCUCUGCAGCUCGACAUUGGGUCGCACGAUGUCCACAAUAUUCUCGAUGCGCUCAAGGGGUUGACCAAGCCAGAAAGCAUCCAAGGUGAUUUCAACUCGUCGCGUGGUUCAAAUGUCACCGCGACCAAGCAAAUCUUCAUUGAAACCCUGCCUCCUGUCUUGAUCCUUCACCUGAAGCGUUUCCAGUACGAUAACCUCACCGGAGCCACCCAAAAGAUUUGGAAGAAGGUCGGCUACCCUCUCGAAUUGGACCUUCCCCGUGAAGUCUUCCCCGCCCAUCGCCGCAAUGCAAUGGCCGAGACAGGCCCACCCAAGUACCGUCUGAUGGGAGUCAUCUACCAUCACGGAAAGAACGCUAGCGGUGGACAUUACACCGUAGAUGUUCGCCGUCAAGAAGGUCUGGAAUGGAUUCGCAUGGACGACACUGUUAUUCGCCGUGUUCGUAGCGAGGAUGUCGCCGAGGCUGGUGGCGAGGAAGACCCCAAGGCCCUUGCAGCCGCUCUGGAGCAUCACAAGCACAACAAGACACCCAACGGCAACAUCUUUGAUCACAUUGACCAGGAUGACAUGGAUUCCGCCGAUAACGACAAGGGCUGGAGCCAGGUCAACGGCAACGGAGUCAACGGACAUGCCAGCAAGAAGUCUGUGAACGGAGUCACUCCCUCUCCUGGUCCUUCCUCUGGAGUGCGCACUCCCCUCGGCCGUUACGGCUCCCGCGACAACAAGGUCGCCUACCUCUUGUUCUACCAGCGCAUGGACUGA